CAGAUCGAAGGGACAACACAAAAGAUACCUACGAGUCCAUCUCAUCCGAGGCUGCAACUCAAGGCGCACAACGAUCCGUAGAGGGAUACAUUGUUGUGGGGACGCACAUACACGAGGAAGCACAGGAAGACCACAUCUUCGAGGCUUUCGGAGACUUCGGUGAGAUAAAGAAUCUACAUCUCAACCUGGACCGACGAACCGGUUUCGUUAAAGGAUACGCUCUAGUAGAGUACGGCACACACGAAGAAGCACAAGCAGCCAUCAGCGGUCUGAACGGUACCGAACUUCUGGACCAGACGAUCGCCGUUGAUUGGGCGUUCGUUAGUGGCCCAGCAACAACAGGCAGAAACGGUGCACGCGGUGGAAGGGCUGCAAGGCGAUAAACGAACAAUCGGAAGGAUUCAAGACAGCUUUAGCUUCAUGCCGCCUGGUAGAAUAGACAAGCAUCGACGGUCCUCUGUUAGAGGACCAACUCAAAGCUCGCCUGUUCUGUACGACAUUGUGUUGUGUACGCGUACCUGAUCGAGCGAGCAUUGUAAGGCAUGCUUUCCUAGCGGUUGGCACCUACGAACCGACUGAGUUUCCGAUUGCACCUCAUCUUUGAAUCGUAUGGAUGCGAUCUGUCAAAGAACAGCCUUGAGACGAAACAUAGCAAGUUUCGGGGACUUGUUCUCGAAGUCCGCUUGAAAGUGACGGAACGUCACCUCAGGGGUCACAUUUCCAGGGGCAUACUAAGGCAAUUUCGGAUAUGAGGCUAAUUAUACAACAAUAAAACACGAAUCACCUGACAACUCGCCAGUGUCGCCCAUGCGAUUGCAUAUAG